GUGUAUAAAAAGAUACCUCCUGUGAUGCAAAACGAAACGAGUCCAGUGAAGAUUACUUCUCCGGAAAAAUCAUAUUUUGAGUUCAUUUUCACACGAAAAGAGUUUAGAAAUAGUAAUAUUCUGGGCUCAAUGUUGGCGCCUUUUAAAACCAGUAGCUUUAAAGUGAAAAUAACACGGAAUUGAUAGUGAAAUUUGCUUUUUAAGUUAGUGAUACUCUGUGUCCAGCAAAAACUGAUUCAUUGCAUCGGACAGAGACAGAACGAAGGAGAGGUUUCCGAAGAGAAGAAUCUUUGUUGCCCUAAAGAAGUGUGAAAGAGACCGACGAGUGAGAGAGGUCAAGGGAAAACAAAGUCAUCCCAGCCCCCACGCCUCAUUCCGCUCCUUUGAUAAUUUAUAUUUUGAUGGUGUGUUGGUUACAGUGAAAGCAUAUUUGGAGGAAUUUUAGUUGAUUCCACCUUUAAUUUUGACUAAUGUGUAACAAAGUUCCGAUGUGAGAGAAACAAAAGCAAAUGUUUCCGAACAGUAAACAAAACCUUAUCGCCUGGUUAAUGAUCGAGAGGAAACAGAAGAUAAUGUGAUAAGUUUAUCAGUAUUUCGUAAGAACAACACAACAGAUAACCGUUAAGAAGCAGCGAGAGGCUAUUUUAGUAUCGAUUUUCUUAGCUAGGAAGAAACAGUAAUGUCGAAUCACGUUCAUACGCAAAGUGCUGAUGCCGCACUGAUUGCACGAAUGCAUCAGAUGAGGCUGGACGGUGAUGUCUCUGGAGCUGGACCGGCCAGGAUGACACAAUCACAGACAGCAGUGCUUCAGGGAGUGCCCAGAGGGAACCAGCAUAUGAGCCAAACUCAAAUGGAAAAUCACUAUGUUCCUGUGGCGACUAAUAUUGGACCCGGUAAUGUAAUGAUUAUGAACGAUCCUCGUAUCUAUGAAAAAUACCAGAAUCAAAUGUUAGCAGCAACUGGGCGAAAACCGGGAGAUAUCGCGCAUGGAUAUCAACGAGUAAACAACAGCCCCACCCAUUCGGUGGGAGGCUCCUCCGUUCAUUCCGGCGGUGGCGGAAGUCCUCGAGCUAGUGCCCUACAACAGCCAUCACAAUAUUACGAUCCUCGAUAUCAAGCUGUAUACGAAAAUAUAGAGUAUUAUCCACCUGUUCAACCGCAGCCUAUAGAUGCAUUGAUGUACGAGCGAAAGUUCGAAUCGAGCAAUAUUAAAGCUCAGCCUCAAGUCCCGGUUGGUUCCUCUCUUUCUAAUGUUUCUUCUAACGGUAAUGCGGGACGAUAUGCUCACACUCCUCAACCGCCCGAAUUACUAGAGCAACCACCAAUAUAUGAAAAUGUGCAGAGUGCAUCCGGGCAACAGGCCCAACCUCAAGCCAGCAAGGGUUCAGCUCAAAUUUAUUAUCAUCGCAAUGAAACGAGCAGUCCACGAAUUCCUUAUCAAUACCACUCCGGCGAGCUGCCAAUAUAUGAGUCUACUGUUGUGAACCCCAGCGCGAAAUCCAAGUAUACCCCAGCUGGACAGGGAUUUCCCACAGGAGCAUAUCAUCAUCACUCGCCAACAGACAGCAAUAUAUCGCUCAAAGUUGCUCAACAACCACAACCGGUGCAUUUACCGAACCUAAAGUAUCACGCCACAGGUAUUUCGACGACCGUUGCUUUUCCGUACGAAUACCAGAAGUCUCCUAAACAUACAACAGCUCCUACUUUGCCACCAAAAUCGACCGAUGUUCUCAAAAGCCAACAGGUGAAAAACAAAUCCCCAUCACGUGGUAGCUCUAUUUCCGGAUCAAGCUCCCUGAACAAAUCAAUUAUCGAAGACAUAAAUGGUUCUGAUUAUGUGUGCAUGACCGGUGGAAGCAAAUACCAACAACAAUCACAAUAUUCCGUUUCUCCUCAGCCGCCAUCGGCACAGACCACAAAACCAUCACUAACAUCACCACCGGCAGCAAUUGUUCCGAUACUAUUUCCCGGUGGUGACUGCAGCGCCGGAGGUAGUGGUGAUCCUAGCCAGGAACGUUUAUAUGCCACUCUUCGCGAACUAGAUCCGAAGACUAGCUCCGCCGGAAAACCUCCACCAACCAUCAUGACGACCACUUCAUCAAUGGCAAACAAGGCCCAUAAUGCACACAACUCAUUCUCCGGUCAGCAGUCAGCCCCUAGCAGCAGCUUACCGUCGGCAGUUUCGCCAACCCCAUCACAACUGAGCACCGGAAGUGGAUCUGGUAAACGUCUAACUAAGAAUUUUCUACCGUACAAUGUGACACCGCCCCGUCCGACUGGUCCAACCGAGGCGGAACGAAAAAUCGAGGAGCUCACCCGGCAGCUUGAGGAGGAGAUGGAGAAAAGCGAAGAACAGGGAGAAUACUUUGGAAUUUGUCACACUUGUAAGGAAAAGGUUACUGGAGCUGGCGCCGCUUGCCAGGCAAUGGGCAAUCUGUAUCACACCAACUGUUUCAUCUGUUGCUCGUGCGGGCGAGCUCUACGUGGCAAGGCGUUCUAUAAUGUCCAUGGACGUGUUUACUGCGAAGAGGACUACAUGUACUCUGGGUUCCAGCAAACGGCAGAAAAAUGUGCAAUCUGUGGCCAUCUCAUCAUGGAGAUGAUUCUCCAGGCGAUGGGUAAAUCAUACCAUCCCGGAUGCUUCCGGUGUUGCGUGUGCAACGAGUGCCUCGACGGGGUGCCCUUCACCGUGGAUGUGGAUAACAAAAUCUACUGCGUUAAUGAUUAUCACAACAUGUUCGCUCCCAAGUGUGCGAGCUGUGGAAAAGGAAUAACGCCGGUGGAGGGAACGGAAGAAACCGUUCGGGUGGUUGCCAUGGACAAGGACUUCCACGUGGACUGCUAUAUCUGUGAAGAGUGCGGAAUGCAGCUAACGGAUGAACCGGAUAAACGCUGCUACCCAUACGAGGGAAGGCUGAUGUGUCGCUCGUGUCACAUUCAGAAAAUAUCGCUACAGGACAUGCACGGACGAAUUGUGGAGCCGGUUUCUGCUACGUAUCAGUACAUGGGAUAAGAACUUGGAUCAUGUUCGAAGCAAUGAAACAAUUCAAACACCACUGGCUGGAAACUUAUCAAUUCUUAGGGAUAUUAUGAAUUACUUUGCGGAAGUAAAGCCAAAUCAACUAAUAUGUGGAAACAAUUACAAACUGCCACAAAAAAGGGAAUUAUAGAUCAAUAGUUUGUAACAAAAUAUUCGCAUGCGUUCUGCGCCUCAGGCAAGCUUUUUGAAAAUUGAUGUGUCUUCCAAAUUGAGAAGAGCAAAUUAUCCUCGUCAACAUUAUUAUCUGUAGUAGUUGUACUAGUAUAUUCCUAUUCCCCAACUUGCAUUGUAAUUGAUGAUCUUUCGUAUUUAUGGAAAUCGCUACAUCAUGACACAAAAGUGAACUAUACAUUCCAUUAUAAUUUUUUUUGUUCGCCAAUCGCAGGCAGCAGCGCAUCAGCGGUAACGGAUAGCGGCUUAAUUCAUUGUUGUAAUGCGUGCUUAUGAUACUAGCUACAUGACAUGAUACAAAUAUAUAUAUAUAUAUAUGAUUAUAUAUAUUCUUUUUACUAGGAUGUACUUUUCAAAUUGUAAUGAUGAUGAUGGAAAUAAAACUAUUAUUUGAAAAA